AACUCAUUUGUUUUUAAAAAUAUUUAUAUUACAAUGCUCUGCUCUGGUUGGUUAAAUGUCGUCAUAAACGAUAGUGAUUGGUUUUGUUAAAUAACUAUGUUCAAAUAAGAGGCAAGAAUUGUAAUAAUAAGCUACAGUUGUUGGAAGAAGGAGUUCCCCAUCUAGAAUCUGAUGGAACUACGAGAAGUGUCAGAAAAAUUUGUAUUUUGUCAUCUUGUCAUUGGUUUACCGGGAGUACUGUCAAAAGUCGUUUAAUUAAUUAACGUUUAAAGAAUAAUAAUACUAAGAAAUUAUGGGUGACGGCAAGGAAAGCGAACGACAACCUCUCUUGAAAAAUGAAAAUGUCACAUACAGUUCAAAUGUCGAACCAGAUUCAACAGUUAGUACAGUAUCUCCAAUAGGUCCAGAUGAAUUACCUCCGCCAUAUGAACCAGCUGAUCAGGGUGGUAAGCCAAUGGUUACUUGUAGGGUAUGUCAAGCUAUGAUAGAUAUUACUGGCAAGAGAGAACAACAUGUUGUUAAAUGUUGUCAAUGUAAUGAAGCAACGCCUAUAAAAAAUGCACCACCAGGUAAAAAAUAUGUACGAUGUCCAUGUAAUUGUCUUUUAAUAUGUAAAAGUUCUUCGCAACGCAUUGCUUGUCCAAGGCCAAAUUGUAAGCGUAUUAUCAAUCUUGCUCCAAGUCCUAUAACACCUCCGGUUCUUUCAAUGCCAGGAAUGUGCAGAGUAUGCUGUGCUCAUUGCCAUGAUACAUUUCUCUUUAACACAUUGAAUAAUGCUUUAGCACGGUGCCCACAUUGUCGUAAAAUAUCAUCUGUUGGUCCAGAUUUUGCUAGAGGUCGUGGUAUUGCAUUUAUUAUUGUUGGCAUUAUAGCUUUAGUAAUUGCGAUUGCUGUAACGGUCGGAACAUAUGCAUUUGUAAAAACUAAUGGAGGAAUUUAUGUAGCUUAUGUUGGUGCGUUUUUAUUAGCUCUUCUUUGCCUAGGACGCAGUAUUUAUUAUUGCACUAUGAAGAUCAGUCUAAUAGAAGGUCCUAUGUAGUUGUUCAAAAGACUAUUGGUGAUUAGAAUAUGGAAAUCAAUUCUUUUAACAUCAUUAUUGUAUAAUCUAUGUCGUAUAAUAUAGAACAAAUGUUUAUAGUAACAUGACAUUAGUCCUUCAAGGACCAAGGUGAUAUCUUUAUGCAUGUUAACAUAUGCCAAUGAACGCAUGCGUGAUGACGAAUGCGCGUAUACCUACCAUGCAUAUACACAUGCAAAUAUGUUAUACAAAGAGAAAGUGAAUCAACUUAAAUAAUACUUCUUGCAUGCAACUAUACGAAAUGAGAAUAUAUUAGGAAUUAAUGAGGGUUUGUGAGUGCUAGAAGAAGCGUUCCUCUGCAUUUUUAUAUAUAAAUCUAUCUAAGCAUAGGAACAACACGAUAAACCAUUUAUUUUGUUUUUACAUUCGUAUUAAAUACGUCAUAAAUGCUUUGUAUAUGUAUAUCUUUGCAGUAUCUACGUAAGAUGCACAUUGUUUAUCCGUUAUAUUUAUUCCAAUUAUAUGCUGAUAUACGUGCAUGAGAUACUAAUAAAAAUUGUUUUUAAACUUAUGCUCAUAUUUAUCUAUAAGAAUCUGUAUCAAACUAUGCAAUCACAAUUAAAAAAUUUUUUGCUGGUA